AUGUUAAUUUUCGUCUAUACCCCGGCAAGUGGAGCUUGUAGUAUAGCUCCCAAUAUUACUGGGACAAGACCAAACCGAGCGUGCAUUGGUGUCCCAAUCAAUGUAACAUUGGUUGAAACAGUUAUCGCCGAAGUAUACUGUACCGGAAAUUCGAUUGUCGAAUUCUUAACAAGUACACCAUUGUAUAUGACAAAAAGUUUAGUGGCUGUAUAUCCGUCGCAAGCAAAUAGUUAUUACAUAACACUGACAUGGACACCAGUUUCCGAUCAAUACGGCCCACAAGUAUUUUGUGCAUCACCUAUUGACAACAAUGGGUUAUCUGGCUCUCAGUAUUGUGUAAAUUACGUUGUGGGUGUUGGAAGCCCUGAUUUGAUCCAAACCAACCUGGUUAUUGGCACAGCAUCCCCAGUGGGAACAGUGUUUUCAAAUCAAUCUAUAUUUAGUAUUCAAGCUCAAUAUCAACUUUUAAUAAAAAAUUAUAUGUUUCUGACGGGGAGCGGGGAUAGCUUAACAGUUGUAGCAAAAAUUUGGAUCUCACCCUAUUCAUAG